AUGGAGAAAAGUGGGAACAUUCAGCUGGAGAUCCCGGACUUCAGCAACUCUGUCCUGAGCCACCUCAACCAGCUGCGCAUGCAGGGCCGCCUGUGUGACAUAGUGGUCAACGUGCAAGGACAGGCGUUCCGCGCUCACAAAGUGGUGCUGGCUGCGAGCUCGCCCUACUUCCGCGACCACAUGUCACUGAACGAGAUGAGCACGGUCUCCAUUUCCGUCAUCAAGAACCCCACUGUUUUUGAGCAGCUCCUUUCCUUUUGUUACACCGGGCGGAUAUGCCUGCAGUUGGCUGACAUCAUCAGUUACCUAACUGCAGCCAGCUUCCUGCAGAUGCAGCACAUUAUAGACAAAUGCACACAGAUCCUGGAGGGAAUUCACUUCAAAAUUAAUGUGGCAGAGGUUGAAGCUGAACUGAGCCAAACUCGGACAAAGCAUCAAGAGAGACCCCCAGAGUCUCAUCGGGUUACCCCAAAUCUAAGCCGCUCUUUGAGCCCACGGCACAACACUCCAAAAGGGAGUCGUCUAGGCCAGGUCAGCACUGUGCUGGACAUUCGGGAGCUGAGCCCCCCUGAGGAGUCCACCAGUCCUCAGAUAAUUGAGCAGAGUUCCGACGUGGAGAGCCGGGAGCCCAUCUUGCGGAUUAACAGAGCGGGACAGUGGUACGUUGAGACGGGCGUGGCAGACCGAGGGGGACGGAACGAUGAGGAUGUUAGGGUGCUCGGAGGAGUGCGCAUUAAAACUGAGAACCUGGAGGAGUGGCUGGGGACGGAGAAUCAGCCAUCAGGAGAAGAUGGAAGCAGCGCUGAGGAGGUCACAGCCAUGGUAAUUGACACAACAGGCCACGGAUCAAUGGGCCCGGAGACUUACACAUUAGGGUCAUCAGGAGCCAAAGUGGUUAGGCCAACCAGCAGUGAGAUUGACAGAUUUAGCCCUUCUGGCAGUAUGGUCACUGUAACUGAGCGGUUCCGAUCGAAAAGCGAGUCUCCCGGGCGGAUGGAUGAGCCGAAGCAGCCCAAUUCCCAGGUGGAGGAGUCAGCCAUGAUCGGAGUGAGUGGUUAUGUUGAGUAUCUCCGUGAACAGGAAGUGUCUGAGCGGUGGUUCCGGUACAACCCACGGCUCACCUGCAUCUACUGCGCCAAAUCCUUCAACCAGAAAGGCAGUCUGGACCGGCACAUGCGUCUCCACAUGGGCAUCACGCCCUUUGUCUGCCGCAUGUGCGGUAAAAAGUACACCCGCAAGGAUCAGCUGGAGUAUCACAUCCGCAAGCACACAGGCAACAAGCCCUUUCACUGCCAUGUCUGCGGCAAGAGCUUCCCUUUCCAGGCCAUCCUCAACCAGCACUUUCGCAAAAACCACCCUGGCUGUGUGCCUCUGGAGGGGCCGCACAGCAUUUCCCCCGAGACCACCGUCACCUCCAGAGGGCAGGCUGAGGAAGAGUCUCCCCCGCAGGAGGAAGUUGUUGCGGCCGGGGAGACGGCACAGGGAUCUGUGUCCACCACUGGGCCAGAUUGAAACGGGCUGUGGGGGAGGACCCUAUUCCCGUUUGGCUGUAGGCAGUCAGCACCGAGACGGCAGGCUGGUACUGUCAUCAGCACAAGGCCACCACCGGACAGGAUGUUGCCAAAACAGAAGAAUAACACAAACAAAGUGCUAAAAGCUUUUCCCCGUUUCCUCAUCUCCUUGGGAAAACAAACACAAAACAACUGGGUCAUUCGACUUCGGAUUCAGGGAUCGACGGGAUUUUUUAAAAUGUUUUUAAUAUAUUCAGCAACGAGCCAGGAGAAGCAGCCGUUUUAUUUCUUGACAACAUUUUGGCUCAGCACCUCGGUCUCUGUGAUGGUGUUGGCUGUAAUGGCCCCGAUUCAGUGCGUGCAGUGCACAGGUGUCUGUCUUCGAAACAGCUGCUGGUCCGUCACAUGGGAUAGCAGGGGCAAGGAACACGUUACCCUUCUCUUUUCCCAGGUAGUUGUCCUGUUAAAGAAAUAUCAGUCUCCUGGAUCUUCCCCUGCCUUAGUGUAUUUAUCCCUGUCUUACUUUGGUGUGUGUCGUUCAAAAUUUUAAUUAAACCGUUAACGUGAGGGCUUUCUGCUUGCCCUUUCCAGGCGUGUGGCAUCCUGCCCGCUUGUUAAAAGCGGGCAGCAGCCUUUGAAUAGUAUUCUAGAGGUCAGCAAAAUCUGAAGCGUUUAGGCUACUGAAAGUGAAAUUAACAGCUGUGAGGUUUGCAUUAGACUCUACUACACUUUUUAGGGAGGGGGUUUGGGACAGGGAAGGCUUACUGGUGGUAGUAUUAAUAGCACAGAGCAUUCCAGCUUCCUGACCCGUUUCUGCACACUGCAGUGUUUCACAUGUUGCCAAGAGUUAGGAAGGGGUUUCUUGUCUGAAUGAAUUGACAAGUGAGAGGCUGACUACCAAAGUCAUCUUUGGCUUCCCCUGCACUUGGUCUUACAUAAGAGCAAUACUGUCUAUCGAAACAGUCCAAUCCCAGUGAAAUUGUCAUGGGCUGUUGUUUUUAACUAUGUCUCCGUGUACUACUUUGAUAAGUUUAUAUAAAUCAAAUGCAAAAAAACCCAACAUUAACUCCUCAGAAUGGUUCAGGAAAUUCAAAGUUGCUGUUCCUACAGUAAUUGCAACUCCGUCCCUUGCACAUAUUAUAUUCCUCAUAGCUCUAAUAAGUGUAGCAAGCCCAGAGAGACAUGCCUGCAGCACGUCUCAGAGGUGUUUGCUCAUGCGCUUGUGGUUUUUAUAAAUAAAAAUAUAGUAUCGAUGCAAAUUCAAAAGAGCAACAGUUUUGAUGCCCCUUUUUAAAAGUCUUUAAAAAUAUGCAAUAGUUUGAGAGUUUGCUUUGGCUUUGGUGCUGGGUUUUUGUGUAGGUGCAAAUAGGGAUGAACUUCUGGUCUUACUCUGGUUGGAGAUUAGAAUUAGGAGAGUCUGCGUGUCUGAAGGAACCCUGCCUUCAGAGGGAACGCAGAGAGGAUGAACGCUGGGUUUGUGAGAGGAGCAAGGGGGCGUUUGAAAAACAGUGUAAACAUGAGCACAGAUUUGGCAGACAGGAGACCUCAGUGUUAUUCCUUGCCCUUCUAGUGACUUUGCGUACAGCGAUAUAGCAAAAAAAAAAAGACCUGUGGCAGUAAUAUCGGAGCUUCGUCAGCUGACCCAGACUCUGAGACUUGUUGCCACAGGAUUUUGUGUGUUGCUUUGUUGAUGUACCUGACAGUGAAAUCUUGGCUAAACCAAACCUUCCCAUGCCAGUUUCCCUGUCUGUAAAAUGGGGAUAAUAAUACUUCCCUACCUCACAACGGGCUUGAAUGGAAGAACUCUAGAAGGGCAAAGUAUUAUUAUCCAUUCUCCUUCUGUGUACUCAAAGGGUCACACUGCCUCUUUCCCAGAUAGCUCCGGCGGUGGUAGCUCUGUGCGUGCAGUGUAGGGGAGAGGAAUUGGAAUGAGCAGUUUGAAUCCGGUGGUGCCACCAUAGAAUGCAAUCAGGAUGCUGUCUCUCAGGAAAGCUUUGGGGAUGUUCUGAGGUAGGAUAGUUGCAAAGUACAGAGCUGUUAAUUACAGUUGGGAUUGGUCCUGCCUUGGGCAGGGGGCUGGACUUGAUGACCUCCUGAGGUCUCUUCCAGCUCUAUGAUUCUAUAAUAGUAGAACCUCAGUUAUAAAUUGGUCAGCCAAAACCAGAAGUAUGCAAUCAGGCAGCCACAAAGACAAAGGAAAAAGGAAAAAAAAAGGAGAAGGAAAUACAUACUGUGUAAAACGUAAACUACUAAAAUAACAAAGGGAAAAGCAGCACUUUCCUUCUGCUUAGUAAAGUUUCAAAGUUCUAGUAAGUAAAUGUUCAGCUGUAAACUUCAGAAGGAGCAGCCAUAAUGUUUUGUUCAGCACUGCGAACAUUGAGUUACAAACAGCCUCCUUUCCCGAGAUGUUCAUAGCACUGAGGUUCUACUGCAUUUAAAAUGCAGAGGCUGAUAAUGUACGGGCCUGUCAAGUGGCAGCCUAAGACUGUGAGCUAGUGAAGGUCAAACAAAGUAUGACCGGAAACCUUACGAGUGUUUGAAAGUGGUCACAAAAGAAAGGAGAGAGGUGGUUAGUAGUGUGGAUUUCUCCAAAAUCACAGCAGGAGGGGAAGUGGGAAUCCACAGAAUAUGCUGCUUUAGUCAUAGCUUUUGAACUUACCAAAAAAACCUACUAGAGAGCAUCAGAAAAUACUUGUAGUUACCUGCACAAUUGUGUUUAAAAUAGAACUUUUAAAAUACUACCAACUGUAAAACAUAAAAUUAUUUAGAUACAUACAAUAUAUAUAUUAUAUAUAUAGUGGGAAAGUUUCCCUACUGAGCUUGCUGUGAAGAGAAGAGUGAAGAUGAGGUAACUGCUAUAUAAGCAAAAUUUCUCCAAAGCUAAUAGCAACAGAUCCAUCGGGAUUAAGCAAUGAAGGCCUGAGAUGAAAUAGUGAAUGCCUUGUUCGUAUGGCAUGGGUGUGAGUUUCCUGAACAGGUUUUUACUGUAUUGAUACUGUGAACAGAGAAGAUCCCAGUAAUCGAGGAUCAUAUCAGCACUUCCUUGCUUAUUGAUUCACUCCUUAAUUGGCCUGGCAAGAGCCAUGAAAUUGUUUAUUAGCCGAGGCUAGUCUCAGAAAUAAACAAUAAUAAAGCUUGUGAAUUUUUGUGUGUGUGCAGUACUUGCCGUUGUACAAACAACCAUUUCUGAUUGCAUGUGAAAGAGCCAGUAUUCUUGUCCAGGCCUUGUUGAGGUGAAGUUUAUAGCUUGUAGCUAGGGCAAGUGUAAAGUAUGGGUGUGGAGAUCAUUAGUACACUUCCUGUACAUUUACUGAAUGAGUAUGUGCGGAUAUUUGUGUGUGCGUGGAGCUCCUGGUGUCUCUUGUGCUUUCUGUAACAAUGCUGAAAGCUAUCUGCACUAGCAGUUUGAGAACCAGGUUGGAAAGGGCAGUUUCUGAAAUUAUCCAUCCCUAGUGGUGCAGUUUUCUAGUGCAAACAAAGCCAGAAUGGGAAAUACAGGCAGUCCCCGGGUUAUGUACAAGAUAGGGACUGUAGGUUUGUUCUUAAGUUGAAUUUGUAUGUAAGUCGGAACUGGUACAUAUUGUAGGGG